AUGUCUACGCUUGACAAGGACAGCAGGAGUGAUGAAUUUGAAGAGGAAACCCCCAAUUCCAAUCUGCCAGAGAUAGAUUCUCUCCCUGUUGUGGAUCUGCCGACUACCAAUGAAGAGACAGAUCAUUCUACGAACACGAGCCAUAUCGAAUCACAAUCGGCACCAGAGGUACAUGUUGAAUCGGCAGAAACAGGGGCUCAGGCUCCCGUUUCGUCAACGGGCGUGCCGGAAAUAUCACCUGUCAAUUCUUCCGGUCUAGAAAGUGAAGAGGAAGCGAAACCUAGAAAGAAAAGAUUGACCUUACAAGAACGGUUGGCGCUCGCGGCCAAAGCGAAAAGGAAACACAAGGCAAGUAUAGAAAGUACAGCAACGUCUGAAAAUACCCCAGAGCCUGAGAAUACGCCCAAGAAGGAAAAUGCCACAAAGAGUGAAAACCUCUUAGCGACUCCAGACACAGCUUCUGUGACAAAAGAAUCGGAAGUUGAAGUACCCAGAGUGGAGAAACUGGAGAAGUUGGAUCAGGAGGAGAAACCUCUACAGGCCAAAGAUGCAGCUUCCAAAUUGGAUCAUGGGCCCGAGACACCCAAACUAGAAGAAGAAGUACAACUGUUGAAGAAACUUGUGGCAAGCUUGACUAAAGAAAACAGUAUCCUCAAGCAAUCCCAAGCACGAACCCUGCAGCCAAUGACAGAUGAUUGGAAACGGAAGUUGGCAGAGAAGGAUUCUACAAUCCAGCAGCUUAUGGAGGAGGGCCAAGCGCUUUCGAAAAAGGAAUUGAAGCUCAACGAGAGAGUGAAAUCUUUGGUUCAAGAAAACACCCAGCUAGAGGCUUCUUUGAAAAGCUAUUCCGCUAAGAAUGAAGCUGUCUUGCUCAAGCUUGGCGAAAUCGAAGAUGUCAUGAAGGUGCACAAACUCAAGUCUGUUGAUCAGCUUCUCGAGCAUUUGGAAGAAACAAAACACAAACUAAUAGAAACACAAACAAGGCUCGAAAAGGAGAAAAGUGCCAAUUGGGAAGCCAAGUACAAAGAGCUGCAGCGUCUUUAUGAGAAUGAAUUGAAUGAAAAGAAAUCUGUUCUCAAACAGCUCAACGAAAGUUCCAUUCAUUUGCAAAUGCUAGAAAACCAGUCUGAACUUGCGCUCAAAUCCAAAGAUGAGCUAAUUACCCAACUCAAUCAGCAGAUCAUUUCCAUCAAAGACGAGAGCAGUGUCGAGAUCUCGCGAUUGGAGUCUAAAAUCGAAAACUUGCGCCUGGAAAAUGAAGAUUUUCUCAAAAUGUCCCACGAUGGAAAACCUUCUUCUUCAGAGACAGAUGCAUCUUCAAAUAAGCAGAUUGAUUACACGGAGUACGCUAAACUAUCGGCAUCUCAUCGAGAUUUACAGGCGCAGUAUGUGUCUUCACAAGAGAAUUGGAAAAUCAUCGAGUCCAAUUUACAGGGUAAGAUUCUGAUGCUUACCUCAUCAUUAGAAUCGCUAAAGAAAGGAAAGGCAAAGAACACUCAGGAGAUACGAAAACUUAAUAAUCUUUUAGGAGAUCAGUCGGAAACCAUUAGAGAUCUUGAGAGUCAGAUUGAACUGCUCAAAUCGGAGAAUACUGAGCUCAAUCUUCAGUUACAAAUCAAGAUGGGAGAGUUUUCCGAAUUGGAAGACAAACUUGAGGAGCUCAGAAACGUGUUCAAUAGCGACCGUCAGAACUAUGACCUCAAGAUCCAGAGUCUCACAGAAACAAUCCAAAAGUACGAGGGUCAAACCACUCCCGUGUUCCAGUCUAUAUCCAGUGAGAACCUUACAAACAUUCAGUCCAGAAGACUCCGUGACAGCGGGCUUCAUAUAAACAUGAUGCAGGGACCAAUUGAUAGACACCCCUCCUACAAUUCUUUUUCGCUGAUGAACACUCCAUCGCAGCCGUGGAACGAAAGAGGAGAACUUUCAAAUUCGCAAGAUCUAAGGCCCAUCGAGCCUAAUUUCUCUGCUGCUUCACUUACAGACGCCUAUAACGGAUUUGACGAUUCUGAUGCAUUAGCUCCAGAAGAUGGCGAACACAUGAAGCCAGAAACGCCAUCCUUGCCUGCCUUUUCUAGCGGAGCCAAUAAUAUUCAGCUCAUCAAUAAAAUGAGCUCGACUAUUCGCCGGCUUGAAAUCGAACUAAUGAGCAUACGAGAGGAAAAUGAGGCUCUUACCAAAGAAAAGAAUGAAGCGCAGCAAGAAAUCUUAGGAAAGUAUGAAGUGGAAGCCAGAGUCCAGGAACUUGAAUCUUCUAUGACGAAACUUUCACAAGAGUUGGAACAAAAGUCAAAGAAAGAAGAAACUCUAUUGGAGGUUAUUGGAGAGAAAUCCGAACGUGUGGCUGAGCUUCAGGCCGAUGUGGAGGACUUGAAGGAUCUCUGUCGCCAACAAGUACAGCAGAUGAUCGAUAUGGCGGAAAACAAAAAGUGA